GUCCAUUCACUAUCGCAAAACACGGAACACGCUUUUCUUGCGUCCCCUACGGAGUACCAACUUAUCACUCACUGUACAUACAGUCUUGCCUUCUCCUUGUACAUCUCCCAUAUGCUCGCUGCGUCCUCCCUGCCAUCUCUCGAGCCGUCUAACACCUCUCACUUUGCUCCUCGAACCUCACCUCAAUCAUCCUCGCUUCGUAUUCGCGCCUUCACACAGCGAGUCGACCGCGUGCGACUUAGAUCAGCCCUCAACGAUGACUCGCAGGGUUUCUGGACCCUCGCAUCUGUAGCCAGUUCCUUCGAUUUGCCGACUGCAUAGCCUUCUUAUUUGUCCGCCGGUUGCCGCGUCUGGCCUCAGAGAAUGGCUUACACUGCUGUCUCACAGGCUGAGCACGAUGCCAUCUACACUCAAUCGCCGGACCUAACCCUGCAUGCCGACAGAACACGCCCCGAAACAUCCAGCCCUCCACUUUCCCUCUCCUUCGAUCAUGUGUCUCGAGAUGGGUACCACUCGGAUGUUCCGCAACCAAGUGCGGAGGGUAGCGGCGCCGCGAGCGUUGGAAAUCUCCUCAAGUCUUUGAGCUCAUCACAGUCGUAUGAGAUGGUGGAAGACGACGACUACGAGGAGCCCAUGCGGACACCACAGGGCUUAGGGUUGAACAUGACCGCACACGCGCCGGUAGAAGACGACACCCUCACGUAUGAGUCCGAACAAGCUCCGAUUAGGACCGCGUCCAUCAGCCGAGACCUCCCUCUCAACCACCCGACACCGGAUCUACAAACUCUGCAAGGGGCGUUUGUCAAGAAUGUGGAGAAAUUGGAAGAGAGCGCUGAGAGACUGAGCAUGACUUCGAGUCUAGAAGAAGAGUUGACCAAGAUGAAACUGGACCAAAGACGUUUGGAAAGACAGUCGUCUGCACCCACAACCUUUGAAAACGGUGGCGCUUCUACAGCCCAGAGGCAGUUCUCGACCAGUUCAUGGUCAAAUUCCAUCCUCAGAGUCAAUCAGACGGCCAGGUCAGGAGGAUAUUCACCGUCCGGGUACAUCACCUCUCCAACAGGCUCGAUACACUCGGGACGACGGCAACAGCAGCACACUCUCGACCGCCACUCGUCCAAGGGCAGUCGUCAUGAUCAACCAUUGACGGAGCCUCCCCGUGAAGGUCGUCCACUGGACUUUGGGUCUACGUCUCAUCCCUCUGAUGCUGCCAUCAUUCCAGAUCAAGAGAUUGUUCAGUCACCUGGCGCCUCGAACAACUCGUUUUCAGAAGACAGACCGCCAACAUCUGGUUCAAAUGAUACCUACCGACAGGCUCAAGCGGCUUUCAACGAUUUUGAUGGUGUCUACUUCAAUUCCGGCGCGUUGUCCCAGAGAAGUGAUUCUAUAUCGCGUCAUAUCUCCUUGCGCCGGCCUCCAUUGGCGCGUGAUUCCAAGGCUUUCAGAGAAGCGCAACCGGGCGAGCGCAUGAUAUACUAUCCGGCUCCUGUCCCUGUUAUGCUGAAUCUUCCACAAAGACUGUCCAAGAUGGAUCUAAGCGAACGUGAAAGACGGCGACUUCAGGGUAUAUCUGCGAUACCUGAAGAACUGCGCAAGUCAGCACCCUGGCUAACUGAUCAAGAUAACACGAAAGUGCCUGGUGGUAGGAGCUCACUGAAUCUCCCACCACAACUACGCGCCAACGCCUUUUUUGAGCAACCAAGUGUCACACAAGAUCUCGAGUUAAAGAAUGGUUCGGCAGUUCGUACUCUUGACAGUAUCCUGGAUGCUGCUGCCUAUGCUCCGGUCAGUGCAUUCACGGACCAUCCCAUUGCUGGUCAUCUGGGCAAGGAAGUAUAUGGCCAAAAUGGCUCGCCGCGAAAGAGCAUGCAAUCCACAGAAGAAAUGAAAAAGAAACGUCGAAGUUCUUUGAGUACUUUGUUGAAAUCGAAAAGAUCAAGCACGGGACUAGAUGGUGCGCGAGUAGGCCGCACCAAAUCCAAGGAUUCCAGGACACCGCUAGAUGGCGAAGACAACACCAGUGGCGACGAACUCGAUCGAGCGGCAGCGCAAUCCCUGGCGCCUGGUGAGGAUGAGAUAUCUGAUCGUGAAGAGGACGCCGAAGACGCCACCCCACAAGGAUUUUCCGCAGCUCCAACCACCCUGCUUGCUGAACUCCAAAUGCGCAAAGCUCAUCAAAAGCAACGCAAUAGAACUGCGGCAGAUGCUUUUCCAAACGGCAUGCACUCAACUCUGUUGCAGCUUGAUGCUGUGACCCAACUUCAACAGAAAGCCCGGAAAACUAAGCAUGUUACCCUGGCUUGGGAAGACCAUGACGAGGCCGAUAAGCAGAAUUUUGACGACGACGAGGUUCCUCUCGGUCUUUUAUUUCCCGAAAAGGAUCGUUUGGAGACGUUUAAUGCACACCGACCUGUCGGACUUCUAGAACGGCGAGAGAUGGAAGACAACGAGCCUUUGAGCCAUCGACGCGCCAGGUUGAGAGGCGAACCACUCCGGUCGAUGAAGUCUGACACAAAAGCCCCUUACAUUGAACAGAUUCCAGGACUCUCCGAAGGAGUUUCCGCUGAACAUGAUGACGAGCCGCUAGCUCAGCGCUUGGCGAGAUUGAAGGCGGAAAGAGACAAUGCGAAUGAAGGACAAUUCGCAGCAGAAUUGAGUCAAGAGCUCGGCUUGAAUGUGGGAAAGCAUGAAGCUCUACCUUCUACCACUCCCGAUCCCGAGGAGACAUUGGGUCAGAGACGAAAGAGACUCAAGGAAGAAGCAUUGCGCAAUGGCAGACAGGUGAGCGGUGAAAGUGCAGGCAGUGCCACAAGACCACAGCUGCGAUCCAUGCACAGCCUAGCCGACGUUCUACAAGCACAUCCAGUUGGCGUGCAGGAUCGCACAGUUCUCAACGAGUCCCAUGGCUUUGCAACGCGCAAUUUUCAUGCGCAGGGACCAUUGCUGAAUUUUGCUGAACCUCCGUCGUUUCCUCGCAUGGGCAUGCAGGCUCUCCAGGGUAAUGCCUGGGGUUCUGGUCAACAGCAUGGCGGAUAUGCCAACACCCCUUACGGUAAUUUCUACCCAAAUAACGGCAUGACCGCAAUGCCACCCGGUCUCUACGGUGCUCCCAUCCCUAUGCACAUGCAACAACCUAUGGCUGGCUACCCCGGCCUUGCGACUUAUGGAGUUCCAGGCUAUGUUCAAGAUCCGAUGAGUGGACCACCACUUGAUCCGAAGCAACGAGCACAAAUCGAUCGUUGGCGUCAGAGUAUUGCUCAGUGAGCUUUUUGUCACUUCUAGGGCCAGCAAGCCUUUGAGUAUUCUCGCCAGCUUCGUGCACGGGAUGGGGAAUACCUCUUGUUGACGGAGCGAAUAAGGGCUGGACAGGUGCCAGUCUAGUGGUUGACGAUUGGUGAAACCUGGCGAAACCUGGAACCAGAAUGAAGAAUUAUGUAUUUUUACGACGAGAAGAACAACACCAAUCGAUACCAUGAUGACCUU